AUGAUGAUGUCCGCCCGCACACACCCUUCUUUGAUACAAGCUUUGUCAUUGGCUACUCAAGUGGAUAACGACACUUCAAUUCUGGUUUUCUAUUGGGUGCAUCUACAGGAGGAGAAAUCAACAGCCACCGUCAUGGCUGGAAAGGGUCGUGGAGUGGGUGCCUUCACCUUCAACAUAGAAGCUCUGGGCAUCGGUAGAGGUAGCAUGCCAGAAGCCAGGAUGGGGCCAAGUCCAUUGUUUCCUUUACAUCAUAUAAGGGCAGACUUUGAUAAGAAACGACUGCAUUCUGAAAGCAUGAAAAACAUCUGCAAUAACAGACAUCUGGAGGAAACAGGGUCUUUGAGGAAUACAGAAUUUAAACCCGUUCCACUGACAGUUGGUGAAGAAGAGGAGUACAUGCUGGCCCUAAAACAGGAAAUGCGAGGAGCAAUGCAACGGCUGCCGUGCAACAUAAAAUAUCAGACCAAAAAAGCAGAAGUGGAGAAAUACACUGAGCGAUACCUGAAGCAAAGCCAGAUUGUGGAUGAUGAGUGGACUCCAGACUGGAACCUUUUUCCAAAAGAACUGAUGCCCCGAAGUAAAAAGCCUCGAUCUAAAGUGGGCAUAAAGAAGAAAGCUGUGAAGGUUUCAGUCAAAGAGGCCGCUAACAUUAUAAAUAAACUGGAUGAACUGGCCAAGAAAGAUGACGGCAACCCUGAAAAAUCAGAUGAUGAGACUGAGAAGAAAACAGGAAAUGAAGACGAGGAAGACAUUGAAGAGGAAGGUUAUGAAGAAGAACUGGAAGAGGACAACGACUACAUCGAAAGCUACUUUGACAAUGGAGAAGAUUUUGCUGCAGGCAGCGAUGAUGACAUGGACGGCGAAGCGACGUACUGA